CUGACUAAAGGCCGACGAGCGACACACGCAGCCAGACCAAAGCACACGAGUGCAGAUGCAGGCGGGACGCAGCAGCUCGUCAGGCGCCUGUGAGCGGGCUCUCUCUCCCCGGCCCCAGCCUGUCUUAUCUGCGCGGUGCCUUGUGGGUGUGUGAAGUAAAAUGGCGGACUUGGCAAACGAAGACAAGCCUGCCAUAACGCCCCCGGUGUUUGUUUUUCAAAAGGACAAAACUCAGAAGCGAUCUGCAGAGGGCUCAAGUGCAGAGGAUGGAGAAGAUUCCGAUAAGGACGAAACAAACUAUUUCCCUCCCGUCAAAAGGGAGAGGACUUCAUCAUUCCCACCUUUACAUUCUGGUAACACUUCUCCCAAGAACAAUAUAUUCAUGCCCCCAAGUUUCUGCCAGUCUCCCACUGGGAACUCUGACUCUGAGCCAGAGGAGAAGCCUGUCGGGUUCCGCCUAAAGCCGCCGACUCUCAUACACGGACAGGCGCCCAGUUCAGGCGUCCCGAGUCAGAAACCAAAAGAGCAGCAACGGAGCGUUCUCCGCCCCGCAGUUCUUCAAGCACCACCCUCAAAAUCACACAUAGAGUCUAACUCCACUUGUGGAACUAAUGGCGUGAAGCAGCAGUUGUCGGACGGCCCGCCAUCCACCCAGUCCCUGUUCCUUAACAACACAGAGCACUCAGCCACCCCGACCAAGUCACUGCCACAUGAAAACGAGGAAGAUGAUCCAAGUGGUAAAGAUGAAGGAGACAGCGAGAAGGAGGGAGAUGUAGCAAGUUCUUUUGUGUUUGGUCAAAACAUCAAAGACAGAGCUAAGUUGGACCAGAACAGUACAGAAGAGAAGUCAAAGGACACUGUUCCACUGGACUUGGAAGGCACAAAUUAUUUCCUACAGUACAUCUCUACCCCAAGUUCAAAAAAUGCCACAAACAGUACAGACGGUGGGGCGAAAUUUGUUUUUGGGCAGAACAUGUCUGAACGCGUUUUGAGUCCUCCCAAGGGCGAGACCUCCAGCGAAGACAGUAAAGACAUAUUAGCCGCCCCCGCUUCAGAAACCCCUUCGCAAGAGAGCGCCCCGGAGAAGGUAAACAGCGUGUUGGAGUCUUUGGAGGAGUCUGCAGCAGCUUACACCAAAGCCACAGCCAAGAAGUGCAUCUUAGAAGAAGUGGAAGUAAAAACAGGAGAAGAAUCGGAAAGCAACGUUUUACAGAUGCAAUGUAAGCUGUACGUCUUUGAGAAGACCGCCCAGUCGUGGAUAGAGAGAGGUCGGGGUCUGCUAAGGCUCAACGACAUGGCAUCGACGGAAGACGGCAUGCUACAGUCGCGUCUAGUGAUGAGAACGCAGGGCAGCCUCCGGUUGAUCCUCAACACUAAGCUAUGGCCACAGAUGCAGGUGGACAAGGCCAGCGACAAAAGCGUACGGAUCACUGCCAUGGACACGGAGGACCAGGGGGUCAAGGUCUUUCUAAUAGUGGGUAGCUCUAAAGACAUUGGUCAGCUGGCGGCCGCAUUGCAUUACCGGAUUGUGGCCCUCAAGAGCCGGGCGGACCAGGAGCCCGAACCCCCCACUACAACCAUCCCCGAGGCGGAGGUGCCGCAGUCCAACGAGGAGGACAGCGACGAGGAGAACGCCUCCGCUUCGGCAUCUGCAUCAACCGUUGCUGCGACAAACUCAGAAGGAGGAGAGAACCAGGCUGCGGGAAGCACAUAGCGCCACCCUGUGGGACAGCCUGCACAGAUGCUGCUUCGGAGGCAUUUUUUUUGCCGCAGUCAUCUCUACGGACAUCCCUUGACCAAUGUGGUCUGUCAGACCAGUACUUUUGGAUAUUAGAAGUCUAGCUCCAGGAAAUAACAUCUCCCCCGCUUCCAACCACCGCACCCCCCGCCCCCAAGUGUCGGAGUGCUGUCAUCCCCUCCCAACCUGUGCAGUUCACCUUUGCUGCCAUCUGCGUCAUCGUUGGAGUCGUUUGCUCCUCCUCGUUUGGUGUUUUUUUUCCUUUUACGUUUUCCCGUUUUUUCCCCCCCAAAUAGCAAAAAUAAAGACUUCAAAGCUUUGGUUUGGGACUUUGUGCUCAUCAUAUUGAUGAGCAUAAGGCUGUUUUCCUCUACAUUUUAAAGUACGACACAUGUUAAGACUGCAGUUUCUACUUUGGGACCUUUCUACUCACUGUACAGCCGCUCCUCUGGAUGCCACACAUCAAAAAGGGGCUUCAUCACGUGUUGUAUUUGACCAGUCAUCGUCCGCUGUUCCCAGCAUCGAUUCCGACCCUAACUGCCCACCCUUCACGCCCUAAACAUCCCAACUCGGUUGGUGCGUUAGGUUUUGGCAACUGUAAUUUAUUUUUUUUUUAGCCAUCAUCUGGCAUCGCGACAUAUUUGUGCUAUUUGUAACGGCUAGAAGAGACCGCUCAACUUGUCAUUAAUAGCAGUUUCUUUCAUUUCAUAUUAAUCUAUAUUCUAGUGAAUAAAGGACUGAAACAAUGCA